AUGGGUCUUAUUGAUGUUGUUAAAGGUUUGGGAGUUUGUAGCAAGAGGGAGGAAGUUAGUCUGGUGGAUCUGGCGGUCUGUUAUAUCAAAGACUUUGAAGUGCAUGAUCCUCAUAGAGUUGGUAAUAUAACUGUUCAAUUGCUUGGAAGAAUUAACGAUUGCCGUGCUCUCACCUACAGACAAGACAUCAAGGCUGCAAGCAUGGAGAACUACAAGACACGUACAUUACCAACUCGUCAGUGGGGCUAUGUUGUUAUUACAACGCCAAAUGGAGUUCUGGAUCACGAAGAAGCAAUGAGGCAAAAUGUGGGUGGUCAAGUUAUUGGCUACUUUUAUUGAACCAAGUUUCAGUCAAAGUUCAAGGUUCAAGACUAUAAAGAUACUCUUGCAAGUCCUUUGUUUUUUACACCGUGACUAGCUCCUAGCACACUUCUUUUUCAAGGCCUUAGAUGGAAGUUCUCUGUCCUCUAUAUGGCAUAUAAGGAUAGAAAACUAGAUAUCAUGUUAGUUUUCCCUAUAUUAAUCUGUUUGGCAUUUUUUAUUGUAGUGUUUUAUCUCAAAUUUUCCACUAUAGGUUGGGUCAAAGAUUUCUGUUCUCAACUUUCCAGAAAUGAUUUUUUUUCUAUUUUGAUUCUCUAAUAUCAUAUAGUUUCAGUAUUGUCACAUGUUGGAUUUGAUUUACAUAUAUUGUUGCCAUUAAUUUUAUAGCUAUGGACACCUACAACACAACCAGGGAUAUCAGGUCUUUCUAUCCCCCGAAUAACUUUGGCUCUCAGCAAUACUAGUUUCUAUUUUUCUCUUUCUUAAUAACUGCUUUGGACUAUGUUUUAUCUUAGCAGAUUAAGGGGUAAAAGGCUUUAGUCAUCAUGUUGAUUACUGAUGUUGUUGCUGCAACUACAACACAAGACGGGCGUCUAAAGCUCUAAAAUUUUGGUUUUAUGUAUUUUACGAUGACGUAGCUAUGGAAUUUGAUAUGCAUAAGAGCGAACAGUGCCAAAAGUUGUAGGACAACUGGUGCUUAACCAGAUUUAACAAAACACAAAAAGAGUAUCUAUUCAGGAAAAAUGUGCUUGUUUUGAGAAGCAGAAUUCAAUUUCAUUGGCCUUUAGGCA